GGUUAAAAGAAGCUUAAGGCCAACACAAAGGUAAAGAAUAUAUAUUAAUACAUAUAGGCAAUAUAAUAUUUUCCCUUACUGAUGCCUAAGAUGAAACUUUCUGGCUAAAAGCAACAAAGCACCCCAAGCACACACACAAAACCACCCUAAGGGAGUACAACAUCAUUAUAUGACCAUACUAUCGACAAAUGCUUAGGACCUUGCAAAGAUCCAUCAAAGCUCCGUCCAAGAUGGUCAUAGAUCCAAACUUGGUGCAGAGAAUUGCUGCGAGGUAUCGCAUGCCACCGGAAUGGCACAAGCACUCGCAAACGUUAACUGCAUGGCCAAAUCACGCCUCUAUUGUAGACACGGAAAUACUUCGAAAAGCGCGCGCGGAAGUCUCGGCUCUUUCCGAUGCUAUUUCCCGCUUCGAGCCAGUCACGUUGUUUGCCCUCCCAGAAGACGUCGAUGAAGCAUCGAAAACAGUGUCUGAUAACGUCACUGUGCGACCACUGAGCGUAAGCGAGCUUUGGGUCCGCGAUACAGGGCCGAUCUUUGUGCAUGGAACGCAAAAUGGUUGUUCUACUGGGCUCAAGCUGAAUUUCAAUUACUGGGGAGCGAAGAUACCAUCUACUGGUGAUGAAGCGGUUGCUGCGAAUGUCGAGAUUCCAGAAGGUUCAGUCAUAGAGCGUAAGGAUGAAGAAGACAGAAGUGUGCCCGAAGGAAAUGCCAUACCUAUUAUUGACGCUGGCUUCACCAGUGAGGGCGGCGCGAUUGAAGUCGAUGGAGAUGGAACCCUUCUGGCGACUGAGAGCUCCAUCGUCAACGCGAACCGUAAUCCCGGGAAAUCGAAGGAAGAGCUGGAAAAAGUAUUCUCGAAAUACUUCGGAAUCGAUAAGGUGAUCUGGCUUGUUGGGGUCAAGGGCUAUGAUAUUACUGACUUCCAUAUCGAUGCCUUCGCAAGAUUCAUCAAAAAGGGCCAGGUUCUUCUCAGCAGACCUUCUGAACGUGCUGAUCCGCGGGUCAUUCAAGCCUACAAAGAGGCCAAAGAAACUUUGAGAAACGCAACAGAUCGUCGUGGAAGACAAUUGGAAGUCUUUGAAGUUGAAGAGCCCUAUCCCAAUGAUCUCCCAGGUGAACAUUGGGAUCAUUUGGAUGUGACUGUUGCUUCAUACGUCAACUACUACCUCCCCAACGGAGGUCUCAUCAUGCCGCGCUUCGGAGUUGGAAAGCUUGAUGAUGAUGCCUACGAAUUGUUUCGCCAGCGCUUUCCAGAUCGGGAGAUUGUUCAGGUUGAUCUGAAUACCCUUCCCAAGCUUGGUGGAGGAAUUCACUGUGCCACGCAGCAAGUGCCGAUGGAGGAUUCGAUGGGGAGGAGAAUACGAAGAGGGGAAUUGAGGUUCUAAUGUUGCGACUUACGCACUUAAAGAGAGAAUGGUAAGCAGUGAUAACGGCCAUCUGAGGGCCAACUUCGGAUAGUAUUGGCUUUCCUUAAAUUUAUACUCAACUCAAGUUCAUAACUUAAUUCUUUUCGAGAAUGACAAGGAUGACGUGGAAGGUUUUAACAGCAGGGCCAAGGGAUACA